CUGGCGAUCUGGCAUCGAUCCAUCGUCAGCACGCAUCGCAGGUCUAUGCGGGGCGUACAGGCUCCGCUGCGCCGCGUAUCUCCACGCCAUCCACGGGACUUGCGCAAUUGUUCAGUAAUGAUCCUGCCUAUGUUCAGCCUGCAGUGAACUCUUCGACGUGGAUGCCAGGCGGCUUCGUACCUACACCCUAUACGUCGCCCUAUCCUAAUGCCGCUAAUCCUUACGCGUACGGCGUCGCGCCACAAGACUCCAUCUCGAACCACGCUGCAUAUUCUCGGCAUGCAGGAGGUGGGGAACCACCUGAUGAUGAGCCCGAUGACUCUGGCGAGGACGACCAGCCCACAAAUCGGGGGCGAAGCAACCUGCCUCGUGAUAGGGAUGACGCUUCGUAUGGACGUCGCGGUCGUCGAGGUGGCAAUCCUUCUCCCUCUCCGCCGCCAUCUGAUGAUGACGAUGGAAGGAGGGAUCCUCGUCGACCGCCGCGAGUUCCUCGGUUCGCGCCUUCAAGCCGACCUGCAGAUAAGACUGAGAAUAAGGAAAGUCGGUUCGAUAUGAAGUUGAAGAUAUCCGACGUACCAGCGUGGAACGGUAGCGAGGAGACAAUCGCCAAAUGGAUCAGCAAAAUCAAUGCGUUGUCGAGAGAGUCUAAGACAAUCUUUAAACAGCUUGGUAUUGUGGUCCCAAAGCGACUCACCGGUAGCGCCGAAGCCUGGUUCUGGUCCUUAGAGGAAGCAUACCGUGCCGAAAUCUGCCAGGACUGGAGCUCCUUACGCCAUGCAAUCGCGUCAUACUACAAGCUGGGUACGCGCGCGAGACGCCCAGCGAGUACUUCAUUCGCAAAGUGGAGCUGAUGUCCAUGGUUCACAAUCUGGAUCAGGACGAGAUGAUUAUGGAGGUCAUGGACAACGCACCUUCGAGUUGGAACAAUAUCUUGACGACCACUCUUUACCCUGAUCUUCGUUCAUUCCAGUCGGCAAUCCGCUACCAUGAGGACGCACUGAUGGAUGCUUCAGCUCCUGCACGAAGCACCGAUAAUCAUUACGAACCUCGUCGGUCGGGGAGCAAGCCGCGCCCUCAGCCCUCCGCUCGAGUACACCUUGUGGGAGCAUCUAAGGACUUGCCGCCCCCUCGCUUCGCGCCGGACAACACGAAUGUGUCCAAGGUAACGCCGAAGGACAAGGGCGCUCGUAAUUGCCGCCAUUGUGAUAGUCCCUUUCACUGGGAUAAGGAAUGUAAGCAUGCACGUAAGGGAAUGAAGACGGCGCGUACCCGAUUGGCAGAAGCCUCUAAAGACCAUCUCGAAGCGGAGGACGAGUACGACGAGCUCUAUUGUAGUACCUUG